GAGAGAUACAAGCCAUCACCCAUUCAAUUCAUUCCGAUAUGUGAAAUACUAUACAAUAUAUGGAAAAUAUUAUUAGUGCAAUGACUUCUUUCACCUUACGGAACAGACAUGUUCUCACCUACAUCCUCUCUCUUCUCCGCAGUCCGUGACGGUUUCCGCUCCGUGGUAUCUCGCCAAAUCGACAUUCAAACAAGUCGCCCUUUGCGAAACAUAGCCGACGGGAGAACAGUACUUAGUGCAUUACAAAAAUUUGGUGAGGUAGUGACUUUUAAACGUAUCCAACAGAUUGAUAAAGACAAUAAAAUAGAGAAAUCGGAUCGCAAGAGAAACAGAAUCCUGGCUAUAUUUGAUACCCCUGAAGCAGCUAGAAAGGCGAUUAAUGCAUCACCCCUCACCAUCGAUCUCCUCCCUGGAAAGACUGCAGCGGCGUUAGUUACAUCUGACCACAACUCAUCAGAAACACCCAUGUAUGCGCAGCGUCGAACCAUUCAAUGUGAAAUAUCCACUUCCAAAGUAGACCACAAAAACGAGGUUAUUAGGAGGAACCCGUACUAUGAAUCUUGGUCUCUUAAUAGGCAGGAUAGAAGGGUGAAGGAUAUCAUUGCUGCAGACGCCCCGCGACAUGUGUUGGCGGAUUGUUUUCCGUUCAAGUCGAAACGGGGUGACGUUGUUACAUCAGAGGAAAUCCAAGGCAGAGAAACCAAGAAAGGGAGAGUUUUAGAGGAGUGGGUUUCUGUGGGGAGUUUGAUGGAGCUAUUACCAGAGGACGGAGGAAGAAAGGGCAAAAGGGCAGAUAAAGGAAGGAGAGAGACUAAAGAAGUAUAGGUCAUGGUGCAAUCUGGGCGUUUCUACAAAAGGCACAAGUCUGUGAUUUGAAUGGUCUAAAUUACACAUGCACAUAAAUUAGAAGAUAUUAAUGUGUACAUAGUCUUGAGAAUUGUCAAUCACAACACCUCUCAGAAAU